CAUUCUGGUGCUCCCCCCUUCGCCCCUAUGGGAAUGGGAGGCCAUUUCUGGUCAAUUGUUUGUGGUGUUGGAUAGCGCGGCUGUGGAUCUGGAUGGAGGUGCUGCUUCCGCGAACAACAGCCGAAGUUGGAGAACCUGGAGUGGCCUGGCUUCCUCAGUUGACGAGUUAAUGGCUUCUCUUCAAUGUUCAAACAGAAUCUUUGACUGUGCACUGGGUAAUUCCAAUGCGCUGCAUGCUGAUGACUUGGGUUUGGCUAAGGCCACGGCUGGGCCUCUAAGCCCAAAGGAGAGACGUAUGGGAAUAACUGAACGCCUCUCAAAAACCCUGACGUGGGGUUUCAGACAGAUCGCGCCAGGGACUGCGAAAAGAAAAAGGCGAGCUUUCAUCCCCUCCAGUUCCAUGGCCAAGUUUUUCUCACGAAAGACCAAAUUUAAAAAUGCGUAUGGUAGAGCAAUGAAAGUGGAAGUGCGACGGGAUCCUGGCAACUUUCUAGAGUUUGAAUUUGUAAUUCCAUCUGGUGACUACAAAUAUAUGCGCUAUGAGGAUCUUCACAUUGAAUGUAAUCGAGACCGUCCUGUGAAUGUACUUGUGUACCUUGAAGGUUCCAGGGAAAUGGGUGAAACCUAUAUACUGCCAGCUGAUAUAAGGGCAAAUGAGAAACUCGAGUUGAACUACUUGAAUCGUGCUAUCACCAUCACCCCUACUAGGGGACAUUUCAUCUCGAGGCUCGGGUUAAUUAUCACAUUGAAACACGUAGCUGAACAGAUCAAGUCAUUGGGAAAAUAGAUUCCGAAGAUUCGGAGGAGAUAUAAGUUCUAUGAAAACGAUACAACAUACUUGUAUGUUUUUACCUUGUUUGCUCACUUUUCCAUUGUUAUAUGAACUAUAUAUAGAUUUUGGUUUGGUUUUUGUUAAUUGAUACAUUUUUAAAGUUUGGUGGUCCAAGUGCCUGAGGGUUGUAGUUUGUGGAUGUGGACGCUAAAGCUAUCCAUGAUGUUUUUGUCAUUUUCUUUUUCUGUUUCGGCCCAUGGAUUUUGUCAUGCUUCAUGAUGGUGAUGUCUCAUAUGCAUAUUUUAUGACUCCUCUAGUAAAUUCAUAUCAAAUUG